AUGAGCGCCGAGACGACGAACACGAUCCGCGUGGCCGUCUCGUUCAUGAUCCUCUUCUUCUCAAUCCUCUGCCACGAGUUCAUCGCCGAGCCGAUCAUCGAGAGCUACGCGAAGGCCUACGGCGACAUCGACGCGCACGCCGGCUACCGAGCACUCGGAAUCGUCUAUCUGUUCAACACGAUGUCGUGCGUCGUCGCCGCGCCGAUCAUCGACGCGAUCACCGGCAAAUGGGCGAUGGUCAUCGGCAUUCUCACGUCGAUCGCGUUUCAAUCGAUCUUUUUGCGCAUCAACGAGACCGUGUUGUAUAUCGCCGCCGCGAUGAUGGGUCUCGGCACGACGUUACUCUGGGUCGGCCAAGGUCAAUACAUCACGCAAAAUUGCAGCGACGAGAACAUCGAGAAGAACACGGCGAUUCAAUGGGCGCUGUUCAAACUGAGCCUCAUCUUCGGCGGAAUAUUCCUCGUGCUCUUCUUCGGCUCGACGACAAUGGAAGAAGCCACACAAGGCAAUAUGGCAAGCAGCUUUUGA